UUCUUCAACAAGAAAAGGAUGGAGUUCACCUCUUAGGCCCUUCCAGCUCUCACGUUUGAAGAAACCCUCAGGACUACAAUCCCCACAAUGCCCCGCGCUUCUCCGCCCCCGGCGCGGUUGUGGAAAAGAGUUGCUAGUGGAAGCGCUCCCCACAAUCCUUUGCGGUGAGCCAAGAUGGCGGCGCCCAAUGGUGCCUUGAGCGAUAUGGAGAAUAGUAGCAGCAGCAGCAGCGAUGCAGAGGAGUUGGCACGGUGCCGGGAGGCAGCGAUGCCGGCCUGGGGCUUGGAGCAGCACCCGAGGGGGCCGGAGAAGCCAAGAGCCGGUGCUGCUAAUAAUCAGUCGCCAGCCAGCCAGCCAAGCCUCAGGCGUAAAGUGGACGAACAUGAACAAGAUGGCAAUGAGCUUCAGACUACCCCUGAAUUCCGAGCCCACAUAGCCAAGAAACUAGGAGACCUGCUGGACAGCUCAAUUACCAUCUCAGAAGUAGCGAAGGGGCCGAAAAAGCCUGAGAUACAGAAAGCCCCCCCAGAGGAUGACGGCUUCCGCCUCUUCUUCACAUCCAUCCCUGGAGGCUCCGACAAGAAAGCUGCUUCCCAGCCCUGCCGAAAGCGGUUACCUUCCGGCUCCAGCAGUGAGGACAGCGGCGAGCAGUGGCGGCGGUGCCAGGAGGCGGCCGUGUCGGCCUCUGACAUCCUCCAGGACUCUGCCAUCCACGGCCCUGUCAAAGUGGAGAAAGAGGCGAAGAAGAAGAAAAAGAAGUUGAAAAAGAAAGCCAAGAAGGAGGUCAAUGCUGACUCGGUCACCGCCACCGCCGCCACCACAAGCGGGGCCGCUGUAGGGAAGCAGGAAACGCAGUCACCCAAGCUCAAUGGAGACCAGGCGUCACUUGGGAUCAAAAAGAAGAGAAAGAGGAAAAAAGCAAAGAAGGGCAGCGAGGCUUCCGCAUCCCCACCAACAAAGAGUGCAGUGGCCACACCUGCAAACUGACCCGAGCCCACAGGCACGGGGCCCACGGCCCGAGGACCGCGGACGAGGAGGAGGCAUUUCCAAGCCCCACCUCCCUCUCCAAGUUCAAGGACUUGGCUGAUAGGUCCAGACUGCCCAUGAUUGGGGCUCGCCCAAGUGUCAGGACAGAGACAUGGCUGUAAGGUGAGAAGCCUAAUCAAAGCCUAUGCUCCCACUGGGAGCUGGGGCAGACGUGUGGUACCAGAACAUUCCAUGGCCUCAGGAAAAAGGAGCCCUGCAGUUACUGAAGACCCAUGGCCACAGGGUAAAGCUUCCGUCUUCCCAGCACUGUCUGAGGAGAAGAAGUGAAGGGAGAGCUUUUCCUUCCCCUCCACCUUCUCAGCCUGGUGCAGGAGACCACCUUAGGUGAACAAGGGAGGGGCCCCUGAGAUGACAAGGCCCAGAAAGAGUUUGCACUUCUCCCUCCAGGCUGCAGAGACUUGAUAUUGUCUGAAAAAGGAGAGAGAUUUUUCCCCCCCAGGCUUCCAGAAUUUUCUUUCUCCACAUUUGCGAAUGUACCAUGCACGAAUGUGAAUGUGUCUCUGAGCCAACGAGCUUAUUGAAAAUAAAUUGUCGAGAGGCCCCAGACCUAGCACAGUGAUCUGGGCGCUCCCUCCCUGUCCGUACCCAAUCUCGAUGAGACAUUUUAAAUAAGCAUCACGUAGGCUUCGGGAAGCCCCACAGCAUGUGUUGGACCGGUUUUCAGACACCUGGAGCAUUCUGCAGGGAAGAGCAGAAGCCCAAGGUUAAGGAGAAGUUCUGGCUUUGUGGCCUCGACUCUGAGGUUCAGCAGAGCAAGAAAGACAGAGGUUGGACAUAAGAGUGUGCGCUGACCCACCGCCACCUCCCUGUGCCUGCCCAGUGCCGUGUGGACAAGCAAGAAGUCCCCAGUACUCAUUUCCAUUACUCCGUUCCUCAUUUCUUUUACUAAAAGUUAAAUAAAUGCACAGGCUGGGCCUCGGCUGGCUGCGAGCCAGGGUGGGGGCAUGCAUUCUGCGCCAGCCCUUUCCUCGGCCCAGGUCAGCUGCAGCCCAUCCCUGGAGAGGAGGUCA